GAUGUUGCUAGCAGCCAGUGUAGAUGCACAGUCUUUUCCCACAACAAUAACAUCCAUUAUUUUCCAUCUCCAUAUACCUGACUUGAGGAUUAUACAGUCUGAACGCUGUCGGAAAACGUACUUUGGACCGCGCCAAGCUGAGUUUCCAUCUGUAUUUUUGGCUACAUCUUGUGUAGACAAUGGGAGUGGAGGGGUUUGCAAAUUUACAAGGCUCAUUUUUGCAGGAGCAGAAAGAAGAAUCAUGGCUGGCAAGCUAGGCCGCAGAUGUAUUCUCUAGCUAGCAGCAACCGUUUGUUUAUAUUAAAUAUUUUACAUAGGCUUGACACUAGGUCGAAGAAAGUGGUGCUAAGAAAGCAACAUUUUAAUUACAUAAUCAUAGUUGAUUUUUGUCUUUUGGACCAACAACUCUAGCUAGUAAGCCCGCUAGCUGCACAACCUUGACUGGUUGACGUAACUUUAGUUAGCUCCUACAGCUAGCAAACGAUAGCUAGCGUCGCUUGACCACCCAUUCGCUGGUCAAAACGUUUAAGAAAAACAAAUUUAGUGCGGGAUUUACUGUAAUUGUUGUGUAUCCGGUAGGCAUUGCUGUUGCACAUUACUGUUGUAACGUGUGCUCCUAAAUGAAUGUGGGACAAAAUGGAGACCCCGACGAUUGUGUACGAUUUGGAUACCUCUGGGGGCUUAAUGGAGCAAAUCCAAACACUGCUGGCGCCCCCGAAGUCCGAAGAGAUAGAGAAGAGGAGUCGGAAGUUGGUGAGAGACGUCCGGAGAAGUGGCAGAGCCACCAACCAUGACACCUGCGAUAGUUGCCGGGAAGGUGGAGACUUGCUGUGCUGCGAUCACUGCCCUGCAGCCUUCCACCUCCAGUGCUGCAAUCCACCUCUAAGUGAAGAAAUGCUUCCUCCAGGAGAAUGGAUGUGUCAUCGCUGCAAUGUUCGAAAAAAGAAACGAGAGCAGAAGUCAGAACAGACCAAUGGCCUGCCAGAGAGGUCCUUAUCUAAGCGCCCUGUGUCCCCAGCCAUGGAGCUGGAGCUCAGCGCUGGCCCACUGCGGCUAGAUGGUCUGCCUCCAGGGGCUGGAGCGGCAGGACCUGGACUAAGAGUGGCCCAGGUACGUCUUUUGGACCGCAGGACAAGCAGUAGGCCUAGCAGCCGGCCUGGAACACCCACCUCCAACACUUCAUCCACCCCGACCCCCUCAGAGGAGCAGAAUGAUGGGGAGGAGGAGGCAGCAGAACCAGAUGAUGAAGAUCAGGGUGCAGAGCUUGAGGGUGCUACACUAUCUGCUCCGACACCACGGCUCCUCAAGAGGCCCUUUCAGCUACUAAUAGCAGCCGCUAUGGAGAGAAACCCCACUCAGUUCCAGCUGCCCAGUGAGCUCACCUGCACCACUGCACUGCCAGGCAGCAGUAAACGGAGGAAAAAAGAGGAGCUACUAGGGAAGCCAUUCAGGAGACCUCAGCAUGAAUUGGAUCCCAAUGGUUUGGUCCCUCUACCAGUCAAAAUCUGCUUUUCAUGUAACAGGAGUUGCAGAUUGGCUCCACUGAUCCAGUGUGAUUAUUGCCCCCUUUUGUUCCACAUGGACUGUCUGGACCCUCCACUCACAGCUUUACCUGCUGGCAAAUGGAUGUGUCCGAACCAUGUUGAGCACUUGGUGCUGAAUCAGAAGAACCUCCGCCUGUCCAGCCGCUGUCAGCUCUUUGACCAGUUCCAGGAUAGGAUGUCACAGCAUGCUGUCAAGUUGGACUUCCUGCGUAGAGUCCAUCGUAAGAAUGCACCCAUCCCCAUCCGGCGUACAACCCACCAGCACAACAAGAAGACCAUCAAGGUGCCGGAUGCCGUUAAGUCCCAGUACCAGAAUCCUCCCCCUGUGCUGCUUCCGGCAGGACUGCGCCAGAUGGAGCUUGUUUGUAGUGGUGUUCCCGAACAUCAGCCCUCAAAGCACCUUGCCACAGAGGCUGAGCAGCAGGAGUGGCUUCACGAUGUCAUCGCCCUCCAGUGCAGCAUCAUGCGACACCUGUCCAUCAGGCAGAAGUCUUCAUCAACAGCACCCACCUUGUUACCAGUAACAUUAUCAACAGAUUGGGAGUCUGAACAGAAAGCCAGUGCUAAAUCAUGUGUAAUAUCAGAGGACAUAAAAAUUCAUGCCUCUUUAGGAAGUACUUCUACCCCUGACCCCUGCUCUAAACCAUGCAGUACACCUGAUGAUCUCCAAGGGGCUGCUCUUUCAAGGGACACCCCAGCAGAGCUGGGUGUUUCUAAAUGCAACACAGCACCAUGCCAGAACUGUAGGAAAUCCAGUGGACCUCUAGCAGAUGAGUGUCAGCCUCCCAAAGCCAAUGGACCUGUAGUUUGUAACAGUGCCCCAGACUCCUGCAGGCAAGCUGGGCUACAGCACAGACUGAAGCCCAGUACAACACUGCCAGGCUCCGCACCUACUUCUGGUCAGGUGAACCAUGUAGGCACAGAAAUGGUUAAAAAAGAGACUGAAAGCUCUACAGAGGCCUGCAAUCAGAAAACCUGCAAUACUGCCCGGACAGUAUGGCCCCAUGGCAGCCAGCAGAACCACAGGAACCAGGUGGAACUCCAGGAGGACUGUAUGAGGAGUGAUGAAAAAUGCUCAUAUUCUAUCACCAGCAGUGCACACUCGGAUACGCUGCCAAAAGGCACCCAGGAGCACAACUCGGCCAAGCUGGGAUCAUCAACACCUACUCCAGACUUAAAGGCUGGACCUGGACUGAUGGAUUCGCUAUUGCCCAGCACCAUGUCGUCCAUUGCUAACCUGUCCAGCUGCAUGAAAGAUGGCGAGGAUGAUGAUGGCGGGAUUGAGCUGGACAAACUGGAUACAGAGAUGAUUAAGAUCCUGGCAUGGCAGAGGAUCCAGCAGAUCUUCCCCCCAAAAGCACCUAGCAGUCUGCCUCCACGGGCCACCAGCACUGUACCCAAAUUCCCACCGGCACACCCUGACAGUCAGAAAAAGGUGCAGGCCCGAGCGGUCUUCUACCCUUUGACAGGAAAAGGAGGAGCUGUCAACAUGUGUUAUAGGACAUUAUAUAUAGGAUCCGGUGCAGACAUGGAUGUGUGCCUUACAAACUAUGGUCAUUGCAACUACGUAUCGGGGAAGCACGCCUGUAUAUUCUAUGAUGAGAAUACCAAGCAUUAUGAGCUGCUCAACUACAGCGAACAUGGCACCACAGUGGACAAUGUCCUCUACUCAUGUGACUUCUCCGAGAAAGCUUCACUAUUUCCACCCAGCGGCCUGGUGGCUAAAGUCCAAGGCAUCAUCCGUCGCAGUAAGAAGCAUGAGGAUGAGGGUCCCAGUUCUAUGGUGGGUCUGAUGCCAGCUGGUGGAGUCAUGAGCAGUCAGCCUCAGGGCGGCUCUGAGUUGUCAUGCACCUGUAAGGCAAGCAGCUCCAGCCUGAUUGGAGGCAGUGGGGCGGGCUGGGAGGGCACAGCUCUGCUCCACCAUGGCAGCUACAUUAAACUGGGCUGCCUCCAGUUUGUUUUCAGCAUCACAGAGUUUUCCAGUAAGCACCCCAAAGAGGAGCGGACUGCAACACUUGCCACCAGUUCUAUUAGCAGCAGCAGUGCAGCCAGCACCACUACCAGCACUGCCCCCACCUCCACACCACCACCACCAUCUAACACUGCCACAGUGAGCAGCACCUCAAGCCAAGAUGAGGCUGACACUGAGUGUGUCCCUCCCCACCAAGUGCCCGUACUGCGCUCCAAUUCUGUUCCAUAACCCACACAGGAAGUCCGGUCCUCUUUUGUUUUGCACCUUCUGAGUCACAAUUAAGGCAGAGCUGACCAGCAGGUUGGUAAACUGAAGUGUUUUUUGAAUUUUAUUUUUAAGGGUUUAUAACUUUGCAUGAGUUAAAAGUAUUGUUGACAAUCUCCUUUGUUUUUCAGUGACUGACAGUAACUUUCAGUUCACUUCAGACUGAGUACCAUUAUUUACCUUUGCUCAGUUUUUCUUUUGCCAGUAUAUUAGUUAAGUAUGGUGUAACAUUACUUUGUCGGUCAGCCCAUUUAGCACAAACUUUUUAUUUUGUAGUAUUGGAUUCCAUGUAUUCUAAUUUCUUUUGCUGCUUUUGCACCACAGGUAGCUACAUAUGUAUGAAAACAUACAUGCUUAUACACUAUAAUAUGUAUAUACAAUGUAAAUGUAUACAAUUCAGUGCCUCUCAAUUUGAGAAACAUUGGAUUUCAUGUAGAUUUACCUUUUUUUUUUUUGGUUUUUAACUGUACAGUUCAUGGAAUUUGUGAUACUGUGUAGAGUACCAGAGGUUUUGUGAUAAAAUGUUCUUAGUCUAUACUUCCACUGUAGUGCAUCUGUAAAUACCAUAUUGUUUUAGCACUCAUUUUAACAUCUUGUGCUGCUCUGUAUAUAGCACUCUUUGUCAGUAUCUGCUUGUCUGUUCAAACCUGUAAAUACAGAAAGAUUUUCUAAGAACAACUCAAU